AUGCGUGAGCUCGGCCGCGGGGGAUCAAUCGUGGCUGCCACUAUAGCAACGUUGCAUAGUCGUUCGGCAACCGACGCGAAAUUCGUGGUCAAUCCACGCCUGGCGAUCGAGGUGGAAGGGAACCUGCUACGGUCUCCGAGGAAUAACACUUUUGACGAUCGGAUUCGACGCGCCUCCGGAAUCAGCGAACGACCCUUAUCAACGGCGUCGGAAACGUCGGAGCAUGAUUCAGUCUCUAUUCAAUCCAGCGAGGAGCCACCCUUACACGAGAUGUCGUUUACGUGGUGCCUCAUGUCCGACCACGAAUUUCUCACGGAACCCUUUGAGGAGGAAGAUGAGGAACGAGCAGCAGUGGGCUAUGUGCAUCCUGCUGUGCGUUCCUACAUGUACUCCCCUAUGGGCGCUGACUCCGAUAGUCCUGAUGAAACAUCAGUGAAAUGCUCUGGGUGGCCGAACCAGACCACUGUCCAACCUCAGAGAGGCGAUUCAUCUGAGUCUGAUACUUCUACAAGUGAAGAUGACUCCGACGGUCAGGAGUACGUUACCCGCGAUUGUGAUGCCGACUACCGGACCUUGACCCCAACAAGGAGAACAGAUAACAGUACUCGCUGUGAUGAUGAUUUUAAAUGGAUGCCAAAAAGUGUCAUAAUGGAUGAUACGGAAGUUCAGUCACUUGGUUCUCGCUGUGAAAAUAAUUACAAUUCAGCCAGUUUAGAGAGACGACGAAGAACACCCAGCGAUCGAGGUGAGCGCGAUCGUAAAACAAAGUCCUCACUAUCAACAAAACCGCCUCAACAUCCCUCGAGCUUAAGGGUGUCUCCCAAACCACGUCGCUCUCGAAAUGAAGAGAACCAGCCAGAUAUGCAAAGGCGAUGGAACUCUUACGAACAUUUUCGUUGGCCAGACGGCGGCUGGUAUCCACCGAUGUGUUGGUGCCAUGGACCACCUCCUCCUCCACCGUGUUGUAUGCAUUCAGAAAACACUUGGCCAUCCCAUCAUUCUCUUUCGACAAUGCCGUCUCGUUCUUUAAAGAAUGACGCUGAAGACCGAGUGCGACGUCUGGAAUCAGACAAGGAGAGUUUACAGCUGCAAGUGCAAGUGUUAUCAGAGCAAAUCGCAGCACAGACGGAGAAAAUGGCUGACUUGGACAGAUCGUUACACGAUGCAAGACAACGAUUAGACGAUACUGAACAGAGACUUCAAAAGGAAAUGCUACAGCGGUCGUCGCUGGAAACUCAAAAGUUGGAACUCUUGUCUAAGUUAAGCGAAGUAAGGUUACGUGCUGCUGAGCGCGGAGUAUUGGAGAGGUCUCCACCGCCAGACGCCACACCCGUCGCCAGGCCUGCACCUCCAAGGACACCACCAGCGAACUACGGGCGUCAAAUCGAGAGAAACACGCACAUGUAUUCUUCGCUGCCGCGGUCUUCUGUGCUGCCCUCGAGUGCGAUAGAGGCUCGGCUGGCGUUCGGUAAACACAACAUGGUGGUGGCUCGUGGACGCGGACAAUCCGUACCCAAUCUAGCGGAGAAGGACGAUGUGAUUCCACGUGGAAGUCCAUCACCAUCCUUACGGGAGGUCCGGGCUCGUCUAGGAAGCGGUGGUGUUAGAUUGGAGGGAGACGAGUUGAACCGUUCCUCCCUUCGCGCUUCCGCACCCAGGCAGAAGACACAGACUAUGCCGUGGCAAACCACGGAUGUUCGACAGUGGGACUGCGAGACAACGUGUGGCUGGUUGGAGCACCUCGGGCUCGAGAUAUACGUACCCGCUGCCCGCUCGUGGCUUGGGUCGACCUCGGACGCUCGGGGCAUCAUUGCAGCCGCUUCCCAUCAUUCAAUCGAAAAAGAACUCUCCAUCAAACAUCCGAUGCAUAAGAAGAAGAUCGUGCUUGCCUUGACUGAUCUUUUGGGUGGUCAUGGCGACUCGAUGCUGACGGCGGCUGGAAGGCUGGACAGUGCGUGGACAUUGAGAUGGCUCGAGGACGUGGGAGUUUGUGGCGCGCGCGCAGCUGCCGCAGAAGCUGCGUUAGACGCGCGGAUGGUGCAUCGUCUUACUCACUCUGACUUAUAUACGCAUCUACGCGUUACGCAUGCGUUACACGCUUUGUCGAUACGAAGAGGUAUUCAAGUCCUACGUGACAACAAAUUCAAUCCGGAGACCAUGAUUCGGCGUGCAGCGGAAGGCGAGGUGUCUUUGGUUGGAGCUGAUCUCAGUGCUGAAGGGGAAACUUUGGGGGCAGGAGGAGCAGGUAGCACCCCUGGUGCAGAGUUGGCACGCUGGUCCUCACAUCGUGUCAUGCAGUGGCUGAAAGAAAUUGACUUAGCAGAAUAUGCACCAAAUCUUCGCGGAGCCGGCGUUCACGGUGGACUAAUGUUACUCGAGCCCCGGUUCACAGCCGAACUUCUAGCUGCGUUGCUUAACAUUCCCGCUAACAAGACGCUCUUACGGCGACAUCUCACACAAAGAUUUAAUGAUCUGCUGGGUCGGGAUGUUAUACAACAGAAGAGAAACGCUGAACAAACCCUUGGCUACCAGCCAUUGACAGCUACUACCAAAUAUAAAGUGCCAAAGAAGAGUCAAUUCUCGUUGAAGCGCAAGAAGAGUCGCGACGACUUGGACCUGGGCGAGCUGGUGUGCCCGCUGCACGACGACUGCUCAGGUGACGCUAGCGAGACAAUGACGAGAGUAAAAUCAGCGGGAGCGGACGGCGAGUCGGGUGCCUGUCCCCUGCGUGACGUCACUCGCGGCCACUAG